CAAUGAUUUACCCGAACAACAUGUUUUUCAGAGUCUCCAUCUCUUCUUCCUUUUCUUGAUUACACGGUGGAAGAGAUGAAGUUUUUUGGAAGCUUUUCAUCCUGACCAUCUGGAGUCAAAGAGGCCCGGUGCCGUCCUCUUGCGUCGUGGUGUAAUGAGCAGGUGUAACAGCUAUGAUUUUGCGGCGUUUUUGUUGUGAUGUGACGGUUGGCUGUCGAAAAACAAAAAAAUAGUGCUCUAUCAAAGUGCGCUCAUCAAAGUGCCACAUUCUGUGAUGCAAUCGGCCCAGUAUGUCUUCCUGAUCUUUUGUUUGCCCCUAGUGGCCCCACCCAUGGUGUCGGUGUUACUCGUGCGCACGGUGGCGAACGGAAGGAUACGAACAUACACGAACACAUCACGUGGACGUGGACUCUGUUUUCCACUUCCAUCUUAGUGGGGUCAGAGUGUCGUCCUUGACCGUUCUUGGUCAAAGUCGUCCUCGGGUCCUGCGGGGUUUGGCACGGCAUGGACAAGAGGUGUGUCGGACAGGCGGAUUUGUCGAACGCAAAUGGUUGAGCGCUGGGCUUCACGCCAUGGUGAAGCCCUGUAACUCCCUGGAAUCAUCAUGGGCCAAUGUAUGCCAACGUGGAUGGCAUGGAAGUACCGGAUGCGUUAUCGCGCCUACAGACUGGGUUACUCCGGUGCCAAGGGAGCUUUGGAUGGUCUGAAGGCUUGCGAAGCGGAUUCCUCACCAGUGGACAAGACUACCAUCGAGACGGCGCCCAUCGACGCUCCCCUCUUCAAUCACCUCAGCGACCAGAAGCAGAGGGAGAUCAACAAGUACCGUGAAGACUACCGGAAGUAUCGCCUGGGCUAUGCCUCGGGCGCCAAGGGAGAGGUCGCUGACAUCUUCAAGCGUCAGUUGUCACGGGAUGAGAAGUGCGAAGCGGUGGAGGAGAUCCUGACCCGUACCACCUCCCAAUCCUCCGGCACUGAUGAUGAGAUGGAAAGCCUGGCACGAACCUUUAGCGAGCCGGUGCCCGUGUGGCAGCCCUCCACUGUCAAGGGCUUGGCAUCUCACUACAGCGGCAUUUUCUCAGAGGCCUUGUGCAAGGAGGUGGACGUGGAGGACGAGAGCAAGUCCAUGUACUUUACUCUGCCCAAGUCGGUGUUGCCAGAUCCUUCGGCACAGUACUUCCAGGUGCCUCAGAUGGAGGAUGGCACACUCGAGUUGGAUGCUGAGCUUCUUUUGUCCAAGACACCUCUUCCCAAGGCUGCUGCGGAGUUCUCCUCGAUCCAUGUGGUGCAGACAUCAGGCGUCAGCGCCAAGAUCACUGCUGCCUCCAUCAAGAACUCCGCUGCGAAGAUCAGGAAGCCAUGCGUGCUCCAUGACUGGCCAGAGCUGUCCACAGAUGCCAAAGCCGAGUACGACG